ACCAAAAACCGAGAUUGUUGCUCGGAGGUUUUCAAAUAUUAUAAAAUUGCUAUGUUUUUAUAACAUUACCCCAUCUUCGUCAUAUACCGGAAGCCAAAAAACAAGCUGUACUUACCGGUAUGAAAAACGCCGCUUUUAUAUUACACCUACCUUCGUGGCUAACAAACUCAUUCAACCAUCGUGGCCAUCCAUCGCACACCUCUCACCACGGAUCCAUGCGGCAGGAAGAAGGCCAUCAGUCAGACUCUAAAAUAUGCACAGCACGAACAAAAAGAAUUGGGUCAUGGGACGGGAAAAACCGAUUAAAGAGUGAUCGCUGUCCGAAAAUAACCCCUCGAGAGGUUCGUCAAUGCGGAUUUCGUUUCACAUUCCUUCCUUUUAUUAGACCCUCACCCCUUCAGUCUCGAGCUUUCUUUUCCUUCCAACCAUACAUUCUUUUUCGCAAUUUUUGCUGUUUUUAUACAUUCUUUUCAUUCCAUAUAUUGGAAUAGUCACUCUUUUAUUAAAUCUUAAAAUAUGUUGUUCCCUCUUACUCUUCUCUUUGCUGCGCAAGCGCUCGCGACUUCGGCCCCCACCUGCCCAGACAGCAAGAACGGGUACCAAGUCGAGAAAGCGUUUUUCCUCUACCGAACCUUCUGCCACGAGCUCGCCAGUACGGGCUUCGAAUCGCAACUUUCCUUCACGGGAAGCGACACCGAUCCUUGGAUAUCUUUCGGUUACGAGAAAGCCAGUGAUGGGACAGGAUGUGAUGAGAACAGUUGUGCUAGGGAUUAUGAGAGCUUGGUCGGCGCUUGUAGGUUUUCUUAUUCCAAAUUCAACAUGGAGUUAUAUUGAUUAGAAUAGGCGCCUUACGAAACCACACCGUAUUCGGAGGAGGAAAUGUAGGCAGUUCUUGUGGAACAUAUAAUUUCACAAUCUACGAACCUCAAUUUACGCCUGGAAGCGAUGCAAAGCCCGAGAUCCCUUCCGGGCCAGAAAUCACUUCAAUAGUUUCACUAGUAAAGGCGAAAUAUGGUCUCGAGUCGGGACCUACGAUGGCUCCGAGUAGCAGCAGUAGCAGUGUUGCUGCUACCACUACCAGUCAUGCUACUACAACGUCAAGUGGCAGCUUAGGUACGAGUUCUACUAGUAUUACUCCUGCGGUCUCUUCUUUUACAUCGACCCCUUCUGCGUCUCCUUCGCCAGUUUUCAACUCAACGCUCACGCCAACUCAAGGCCCUUACGGAAACGGCACGCGAACGUCCAUUUUACCAAACAGGACUGGAUCGCCAGUCGCAUGGUCAACGGGUAGUGCCGGUCUUGGGCCAGGCGCAACAAAUGCGCCUUCGAUACCGGCGGCCAAGAGUGAGGGGAAUGUUAAUGUUGUUGGGGGGUUGGUCGUCAUGGCUGCUGUUCUUGUAUCUGGAUUAUUACUUUAGGAUUUGCGAUGAGAAAAGUGUAUCCAUCGCGAAGGAAGAAUAGGAGUUACUGGAAAAUCGACGCUGUUCAUAGACAGCCGUAUAAUACGUGGAGUUUGUGCGGAU